GCUCCUGGAAACGUUGUCUGCUUCUGUCUUCUGUGCGAUGAGAGGCGUAUGCUCAUUGUGUUGUGAUCCGUCCCCAUAGACAUCGUUUUGAGGAAGAGAGGAGGAAGAAAAAGAUCACAAACACAGGAAAGGGAAAGAGACCGGAAUCAACUCCCCACCAGCAACCGUGGCCAUCCGAACCAAGAUAUGGAGGAGCUGCACAAUCUUCCAUACGGAAACAGGCUUAACUUCCUACGGACGAGGGGGAAGAAUCGCUACGCUUUUCAUCACGAGGAACCCGAUCUCCAUGACCGUAGGUUUGACGGCUAUCAAAUUUCUGUUGUUGAUGAGCGCACCACGGAAAGAGUGAAGUAUACACUUCCAGGAGAUGGCUGGUCCGUCAAGGCAGAGCUCUUUCCACUGCGAGAGCUAAUGUACACCUUUGUUGAGCAGAUAAAUGUUCGACUUUGUCAGCUUGAAUUUCGAUUCGGGGAGAAGGUCUUAACUCUAAAUUCCACACCGCAAUCCCUUGGUAUGACAGCCACGGGCGAAAAUGUAAUCUCAGUGCGGGCCGUCACUUCAUCGUACGAUGAACGCGUCGGCUGCUUCACCCGUCUUAACCGGAUGGGCAAAGUGUCUGUGGGUGUUGGUCCACACCAGGGAGACGUUUUUGGCACUGACUUGUUGCCUCGGAUCCUCGAGUAUGCUGGGCUUGAGACAUUGGCGGCUGCAUGCCAGGUGUGCCGUCACUGGUUCCACGUUGCCCAAAGGUUCUCCGUGUUGGUUCAGCUUCAAGAUGGUGAUGCGGAUUCUUGGCAGCACAACCAAAAGUAUCCUCUUUUGCUCCAUGAUGGAUGCAGGCAUUCCUUCAAUGUGGCUCUCUGCCAAGCUUCGGAGGCUUCUGGCACAAACGCCAACGAAAUCAGGUGGAACUCCACUACUAUGCUAAAGGAAAAGACUGUCAGCUUUGGCUACUGCAAGGCUGCCGGGUGCAGAGUACUCAAAACUGUCGAGAUGCAGUCCAUCACAAGGGAUUUGGAAUCCAAGUGGGAGGCCCUGAAUAAUGCCAAAACAGCCUUCAUGAGGUACGUCGAAUCGGCUCAGGCGGCAACCGAGGGCGACCAAAAGAAACACGCCCACAAGGCGACUGGACAAACGCAAGACUUUCCACCUGAAGGCGAAGCAGGCAACGGCUUCAUCGCCGAGGCGCGCGAUUGGAGAUACAAGAACUGCGCCGUGGAGCUCUACCGACGUUACUUCAGCCCAGAUAUGUUUUUCAUAUUUCCGCUCAUUGUGAACUCAGAGGCAGCUUUUGGACUUGAUUUUUCCAGUUGUGUGACGAGCCUCAUUUUUGGAGAACUGUCUGAUGAUGAAGCUCAACCAAGGGCAAACAGGAUGCAGAGGCUGAUGAAUCGGGCCAACCCGGUUCGUCGCCCGCUCACUGCCGACGGCCUGCCCAGGCCGCUGGGUUCCGUGUCCUGGCGCAUCCACGACGCCACCGAAGUUGCUGCUGUCGGCACUGGCUUUGGUCCAGGAGCCAUGGAUAGCAUGGAUGCAGCCCCCCUGGAUGCAGCCCCCCUGGUUAUGAUGAAUGGUUCCAAGCCACAGAUUAUUUUGGAGGUGUUGUUCAUUGCAGUUUGGGAGGGUGAUCGUGGCGGUGAGUAUGGAUCAUCGCUUGUGGCUUCUCUGGAGUCCAAGGUCACUCAGUAUGCCAAGUCACAAGGGCUCCGAUCCGCUCUCAUGUAUGUAGAGGUUGGCUACGAGCAACCCAAGGCAAAGGUGUUCUGGGGCAACAACGGCUUUUCUCCGGUGGUUGACAAAGCACAGGGCAUCCAUACCCAAGAUGAUCUCUUGACUGGGCGGAUGGUGGCCCUUGAAGAUUGGCAGUUGGGCUUCAUUGAUCGACGUUGUCUGAGGUUCAAAGAUACCGUGCAAUACGCCAAGACGGUACUUGUCGAAUAAAAAGAGAGUAGAGCCACUUGUUCUGAGGGCAUGUAAGGCGUAUUUGGCGAUGUCGAAUCACUUACUCCAGAGCAGAGCAGAGCAGAGUCUAGUUAAUAAAAAUAAAAAGAAUACUAAAAGUCAAUGAGUUUCCUGACCG